AAUAAAAAGAAAAAACUUUUCUUAUUCUCUCUCGCUUCUCUCUGUCUCUCGGUCUCCCUCUCAAGUCCGAGAUUCUCAUAUUCUGCUCGCAAUUUCUCAAUUUUAAAGCCACAUUUUUGGAGUUCGGAAUUCGACACUGAAGUUUCCAUAGAAGGGUUCAGAGUAAUCCACACGCCAACUGCCACAGUAACUGCUUCUGCUAGUUCGCAGGAAAAAGUCUUGAGAGAAUGCAUGGAAACUACACGGGAUGUGGCUGCUGCUGCAAAGAUUGGGAAGAUAUUGGCAGAAUGCCUGCUAAUUAACAACAUCCCCGCUGUGACAGUCCACUUGAAGAGAGAACAAAGAUAUCAUGGUAAGGUUAAAGCUGUGAUUGAUUCUGUGAGGGAAGGAGGUGUCAAGCUUAUCUAGAAUUUAAAAGGGAAAAAAAUAUUGGAAAAUAAUUUUGAAUCUGCUUAAGAAACUGUACCCUAGUAGCACUGCCCUAUUUUCUCGGAAAAAAGACUGAAAUUUUCUAU